CCCGAACAAAAGCAGGAGUAACAAAAGCCACCAAUGGGCUCCACAAAGCUCAUCGCAGCGACUCUUCUCCCCGCCUUCCUCGCCCUCCAUCUACACGCCCCAGCAGCAAUGGCCACCGCGGCAGGAAGCUCCAACUCCAACCUCUUCCGUGACUACAUCGGCGCCCUCUACAACGGCGUCAGGUUCGCGGACGUGCCGGUCGACCCGCGCGCCCGGUUCGACUUCAUCCUCGCGUUCGUCAUCGACUACACCACCGCGACGGAGCCACCGUCCCCGACCAACGGCCGGUUCAACGUCUUCUGGCAGGACACGGUGCUCACCCCCGCCGCGGUCGCCGAGGUCAAGCGGCGGAACCCCAACGUGCGCGUGGCCGUCAGCCUCGGCGGCGCCACGGUCAACGGCAGGCCCGUGUUCUUCAACGUCACCUCCGGCGUUGACUCCUGGGUCCGCAACGCCGUCGACUCGCUGACCGGCAUCAUCCAGCGGUACGGCCUGGACGGCAUCGACAUCGACUACGAGCAGUUCCAGGUGGACCCGGGCACCUUCGCCGAGUGCGCCGGCCGUCUCGUGGCGGCGCUCAAGAGCAGCGGCGUCAUCAGGUUCGCGUCCAUCGCGCCGUACGGCAACGGCGACGUGCAGCGCUACUACCGGACGCUGUGGGCGGCGCACGGGGCCGCCAUAGACUACGUCAACUUCCAGUUCUACGCCUACGGCGCAAGCACCACCGCGGCGAAGUACGUCAGCCUCUUCGACGAGCAGAUCGCCAACUACCCUGGAGCCAACAUCCUGGCCAGCUUCACCACGGCGGCGACGAACACCUCGGUGCCGGUCGACACCGCGCUCAGUGCUUGCCGGACUCUGCAGGGGCAGGGCAAGCUCUACGGCAUCUUUGUCUGGGCUGCAGACCAUUCCAGGAACCAAGGAUUCAAGUAUGAGACACAGUCGCAGGCCCUGUUGACUGAUGCCACCACUUACUAGUUACCCACAGCUUCUUGGUUUGCGUAUAUCGAUUUUUUAGUGAAAUCAUAUGGAAUAAAAUGAGCAUCCGAUUUUAAUUGUUGGUUGACUGCACCCUAUUAGGCUUAAAAUUAUUGGAAAAUGUACGUAAUAUUUACAUUUGAGAUUUAUUUAUAGCACAUUCUCAACAUAUCCAUAACUUUCUAGCCCUUCCUCUAAACUUUCCUUUUGCAAGAGAAACUUCCAAUCUAUUCUUCGACCCUUAAGGUAGUACAAAGAACACAGAAAUAAAAAAUACAUUCAGGUUCGUAAACCACCUAGUGAUGAUUACAAGCACUGGAGCUAGCUGAAGGUGCGCCGCCGUCAUCGCCCUCCCUCGUCGAAGACGAGCAAACCUUGUUGUAGUAAACAGUCGAGAAGUUCUCGUGCUAAGACCCGAUGGGACCAACGCAUCAGAACAACAACCGUCGCCGAUGAAGAGAAGCGUAGAUUGGAAGAAUCCAACCUGUAGACAGACGAACGAAAACCGGAUCCACGUAGAUCCACCGAAGACAAACGCCGAACGAAUUCCAUGAGAUCCGCCGGAGAUAAACCUUCACACGCCCCCUGACGAUGCUAGAAACACCAUCAAAACUAGGGCUAGGCAGAAAAGACCUUAUUCCACCUACAGAGAGUUGCCGCCGCCUCGCAUCUCUAAGCAGGACACAAACCCUAACAAAACUCAAAAAACAUAAAAAAAAAGGGAUUUGUGAUUAUUUGCCACAACUUACUUUGAACUUUGAUAUUUUUCUGGUGCCACCCUUUACUUGGAAUUUUGAUAAUUUGCC